CCCUCCGUGCCGUCCCAGGCGGUCCUUUCGUGUCCGUCCCUCCGGCCAACGCGCGCCCCCGCCCGCGCCCCAAGACGAGGGGGGAAGAAAAAUCUCCCGUAUCCGCCGGGCACCUCGCGUGUCGGCAAGCCACAGCCAUCGGCGCCGGCCUAAUAAAGUCGGCCGGCCGGAUAUAGCCACCCUUCCCCUGCACGCGCGCGCCACGCCCCCUAUAGCUUUCUUCCUCCUCGCCACCUCAAGCUCAAGGUCUCCGCCUCGGUCCGGUGCGCGGUGGCCACAGGCGUCCCUCCCUCUUCAGCGACAACCCUAGCCGCGUCUCGUCUCCGGCUCCGGGUGGGUCGAGGUCCGCGCGUGCUCGCGCUGGGGGCACAUUGAUACUUGAAGUAAUAUUGAAAAUGGUUAGUGCGAGGUCAGUGGACAGGCAGUUGGAUGCGUGCUUCAGCAACCUCAUGGUGUCUAGCGGCGGUGGAAGGGGGCAGGCUGAAACUGGUGGCGCUGUGCCUAUGUUGUCAGGAUGGAAGGACCUUCCAAUGGAGCUGCUUAUGCGGAUCAUAUCAGUUGCUGGAGAUGAUCGAAUUGUCGUUGUCGCAUCCGGUGUUUGCACUGGCUGGCGCGACGCGUUAGGAUGGGGGGUCACUAAUCUUUCCCUCUCAUGGUGCCAGCAGAACAUGAAUAACUUAACAAUAUCAUUUGCUCACAAGUUCACAAAGCUUCAGGUUCUCACUCUUCGCCAAAUCAAACCUCAGCUUGAAGACAGUGCAGUAGAGGCUGUUGCCAACUACUGUUAUGAUCUUCGUGAGCUAGACCUCAGCCGAAGUUUCCGGCUUAGUGACCGUUCAUUGUAUGCGCUGGCCAACGGAUGUCCUCGGCUUACAAAACUGAACAUCAGUGGGUGUUCCAGUUUCAGUGACAGUGCCUUAAUCUACCUUAGUUGCCACUGUAAAAACCUGAAGAGCUUAAAUCUUUGUGGAUGUGGAAAGGCAGCCACUGAUGAAUCCUUGCAGGCCAUAGCCCAAAACUGUGGGCACCUGCAAUCUUUGAACCUAGGUUGGUGUGACAGUGUCACAGAUGAGGGGGUUACCAGCUUGGCAUCAGGCUGCCCUGAUCUCAGGGCCCUGGAUUUGUGUGGCUGUGUUCUUAUAACAGACGAGAGUGUUAUUGCUCUAGCAAGCGGGUGCCCCUACCUGCGAUCUUUGGGCCUGUACUACUGCCAGAACAUCACCGACCGAGCCAUGUACUCCCUCGCAAACAGCUGCGUGAAGAGCAAACGAGGGAGGUGGGGCACCCCGCGGAGCAGCAGCAGCAGCUCGAAGGACGUCGACGGGCUGGCGAACCUGAACAUCAGCCAGUGCACGGCCCUGACGCCUCCGGCGGUCCAGGCGGUGUGCGACUCCUUCCCGUCGCUCCACACCUGCCCGGAGAGGCACUCCCUCAUCAUCAGCGGCUGCCUCAGCCUGACUAACGUCCACUGCGCCUGCGGCCUCCAGCGCCACCGCGCCGGAAGCGCCCUGCAGGCCACCAGCCAUGCGUACUGAGGAUGCGCGCGCUCUUGAUUCCGGCGAACGCCGUGUGCCUCGUGGGGGGAGGUUUGGUCCCGGCCUGGAGAAGACGUGUAUAUAAACUCGGAACCUGGAAAUGUAAUGUUGUAGUAGGACUAUUGUAUUAUAUCAUGAGGACUCGAUGCGGCCAUGGAGUGCCAAAUGGCUGGAGGGUUGCAUGCUCUGCCAUGCCAUUCUUGAAACUGGCAAGAAAUUGCAUGCUAUGUAUGUAUGUGGUGGAUUUCAAUGAAGGACCUGUCGGUUGA